AUGCAUAGACGGGCGUAUACGGCCCGAGUGACCACUUUGAUAUUAACAUCCGGGAAUAGAAUUGAUGGCACUGAAGCUCACCUUAAUAUUUGGUAUUGCAUUUUUGUACAGAAUUAUUCCGCGUUACCGCUUGACGAGGCACUCAGUGGCGUUAAAUCGGGACAGCCACUUCCCAGCGGAUGUAGCGAGAGUCCCAAGGU